ACAUAUUAUCGAGUUCAGCUUAUUUCUAAUUUCUCCAAAUCGAGGUAUUUCCGAUGUCGUGAAUUUGUUCAAGGGUGGGGAUGGCAUGCAACAUAAAAGGGGUUCCAUUGGAGAUUAGAAAAGCUCUGAAAAGCUCGACAGCACCUUUACGCAGUGAGCUUACUCGACAGUCAUCAGGUCUGAUAGCGGACGCGGACACAGAAUUCCGUGCUUUUCUCGCAUGAACAUCAACCGACUUAUUUAUCAAUCUUCGUCCUGAAAGUUCCGUUUAAAUCAAAAGGCUAGUGGCGAUGGAAACCGACCUGUUACAGAAUCUCCAAGACGUUGGGUAUAGCGGGGCUCUAUCUGAUGCCGACGAGUUAUCUAAAGCCUUGAAAGACGGUCCAAAGUCAGUGGAGUUCACUAAGUUAGUGGCAUGGUUAGCGGAACAAUUGUCUGCAUUUGGAGAGCUGGAUGAUUCUGUGAACGCUAUAACAACGCCGGAAGACUCGAGCCAUUUUCUGCUAGAAUUAAGUUCAUUUCUUAAAGAAUUAGGAUGCGCAAAUCAAAACCUCAUUGGGGGUACCGUGAAUCAAAGACUGAGUACAAAGUACGACAGACUCGUUUUACUAGAUUAUCUAGUAACCGAGCUGAUGACCAGCAAGAUAUUAGGAUCACGUAAAUCUCAAAUGGACCAACAGAUGGAAGUGACAAUUAACGAAAGCGACACAGCCAGACAUCUCAAAAACAUCUUGUUGGCGUUGAAGUUUCAAAAACCUCCAGACAACAUAAGCGCACAAAUGCUGUUUACAAAACUAACUACCAAAUUGAAGGAAGUUGUGGCUCAGGCUCCCCCUGAUCUUCUCAAUACGCCUCUAUUUGUGGGUGAACUAUCAAACGACCAAUGGGAACGACUAAAUGAACUCCAAGAAGAAUUCAAGAACGAGUAUAAAACCAGAAGGGAAAUGUUACUCAAAAGAUUGGAUGUCACUGUGCAAUCUUUUUUGUGGUCGGAAAAUAUAAGGUCAAAGGAAGAUCAGGUCAACGCAUCCUACCAACAUAAACGAAACAUCAUGUCUCCCGAACCAAGUGUUUGUAUUGCUGAUUUACUUGCCGCAAGACGAGAUCUAGCCAUAGUUGAAAAGACCAGCAAUGCUACUGUGCGAAAAAAUACCAGGAGCCAGGUCAACCAAGUCAUUAUUGGUGCAGUGCCGGAUCGUGGAGGAAGACCUUGCGACCAGCAACCACCGCCACCCGAAAUGCCGUCUUGGCAAAAAGAUCGCGUCGCUGGGCCUAAUUCGUCUAGGGGAGGCAGAGGAGGCGGCGGUGGCGGAGGUGGUGGAGGCGGAUAUCGGGACCACAAAGAUGCUUCGAAAAAUUUUGGCCAAAACCAAGACAGGUUUCAAUCACAGCAGCAAUAUCAGCAACAGCAACCACAGUAUGAAAGCCGCGGUGAUUACCGCGGUCAUAAUCAAGGAGGUGGAGAGUAUCACAGAGGCGGUGGAAGAGGUAGAGUUCAAGGAGGAUGGAGUGGAGAUCGAGGUACAAGUGGCUAUCAACGAGGGAGUUCUAAUCGAGGAAGAGGUCGAGGUGGACAGCAUUAUUAAAGCAGUUGGAAGAAA